AUGAACUACAGCGGCGCAAACGGCCUUGAAUUCGGGGCGGGCAAUGCCAACAUUGACCCAGCUGUGUUGAGGGAACUGCCGGAAGGAUGCAAGGUCACAACCAUCGAGAACCAUGGCGUAAGCUUCUGGGCGAAGACGGGUCGCAUCGAUGUUUUGCUCAAUGACGGUACACCAAAGUGCUUCUUCAUCAAGAUCAUGUCGAAAGAAUUAGGGAUGAAUAUGACCAGGGGGGAGUUCCAUUCCAUGAGAGCGAUACAUGACGUUCUGCCAGAAUUUGUCCCAAGGCCCAUCGCUUGCGGCACCUACGAGACAACAACAGACACCCACUUCUUCCUCUGCGAAUUUCGAGAAAUGGCUGAGGAUAUGCCUGACCCUCACAACUUUGCUGCUCUUCUGUCAACGCUGCACCAGAAAAGUAUAUCACCUACCGGCAAGUUCGGGUUCCAUAUCACCACCUAUGCAGGAAACCUACCCCAGUUCGUGGAGUGGGAAGAUAGGUGGGAGACGUUCUUCGCCAAGUCCAUGAGGCAGGCACUUGACCUGGAGAUUGAAAGAAAAGGGCCCAGUGAGGAGCUUGAGAUUCUCUCAAGAGCUCUGUUCGAAAAGGUCAUCCCGAGGCUCCUGAGGCCUCUCGAGAGUGACGGUCGAACAGUGAAACCUUCAUUGGUUCAUGGAGACCUUUGGUACGCAAACUCAGGGAUUGAUGUAGACAACGAUCAGCCUCUUGUCUUUGAUGCGUGCUGCUUCUUUGCACACAACGAAUGUACGUUCUCCUAUUGCACACUUACAGUUACCCGUGCUAACCAGCUCGAAUUUGAAGAUGAGUUUGGCCAGUGGCGACCAGCUUGCAAUAGAUUCGGAGAUGAGUACGUAGCUGCCUACAACACAUUCGCCCAGAUCUCGCCGCCUGAAGAGGAUUUUGAAGGUCGUUUAGACCUCUAUAGACUGAGAUUUGACACACAUGUAUCAGCCCUAUUUGUCGAUAACGAGACACUUCGCACACAGGUCCUUGACGUUAUGAAAGAUUUGGUCCAGAGAUAUGGUUAG